CGGGCUGGCGAUGGAGAGGCGCGCCGGGCAGGACGCGGGGUGCAAGGAUGAAUUUGAGGAGCCGGAAGAGAAGGGAGCGAGAGAGUCACUCCUGUGCACGGAACAGUUUGUUCAAAACGAAAACCUCCUGAAUGAGGUUAGAGCUGAAAGUAGCUCCCUGGGUCCUACUGUGAUCCUUGAGGAUCCAUCUGAGAAGAUCCUGAAAAAAGAAAGGAGUCCUGAAAUUUCAAAAGAGGAAGAAGAAGAUGGAGAAUACUAUCUAGACCCCAAGCCGGAAUCCCAUCUGGCACAACCAUCGUCUUUAGAUUCUCCUUCCCUUGCGUUCUACCAAACUUCUAACUUAACCGCCUACUUCGGCGAUGUCAACCCGGAUCCCCCUAUUUCUGAAACUGAACACAAGCCAGAACUUGGGGACCCUUCAAAAUCAGAAGAAAAAGUAGACUUGGGCAGCUUGAAUGUGACACAAAAGCAGACCACGAAAAAGAAAGCCAGGAGGGUUCUCCCACGGGGUUCCCAAAAUGCUUCUUGGGUGGUGCUGGAGAACAUACAAAAUCCAGAUGUCAACCAGAACCUCAACUUGGGCCAUUGCACACGCAGGUCAGCCAGAUGUGCUACAGCGGUUAGAGUGGACCAGUCCUCCUUCAGGCUCUCUUCGCUUCUAGUGCCCAAAGGCAGUCUGGGUGGGAUUCAGGACAAGAGAGAUCCCGGUUUGCUAGACGUUUCCGGAGAGUCUGCUCCACCUGCUCGGAAGAAAACGCGUACGUUCUACAAUGCUAAACAGCUACAGGAAUUGGAGAAAAUGUUCCAAGAAGAUCAUUAUCCUGACAACGAGAAGCGCCAAGAAAUUGCGGCCUCGGUUGGUGUGACGCCCCAGCGAAUUAUGGUCUGGUUCCAAAAUCGCCGAGCCAAGUGGAGAAAAAUCGAAAAGUUGACGGUGAAGAACAAUAAGAAAUAUUCUCUCUCAGCACCUGCUCUGCCAGUGGAUCCCCAGCGAAUGCCGCAAGGCACAACUGUGUUGGCUGUGACUCAGCUGCCUGACCUUGCAAACAAUCAGCCUGAGACUGCAGCUGUGACCUAUUCCGGGGCCCUAGGUGGACCAUCCAUCUCAUUGUCCACCACCUCAGGCGCCUCGCUUACCGGCAAGAUGAGCUUUUAUGACUCCCUCCCGACCAAGGUGGCCUCCCAGGGUGCUUUGGGAUCCCUCCGGGAAGAGCUCUUUCCGGCCAUUCCCAGCCCUCCACCGAUUCGCCGGAGCAGCAACCUUCCCCUCAACGUGAUCCUGAACCCGGAUUACCACAUUGUUCCGUUGAUGCUGGACGACAGCCUGCCCAGCGAACGCAGCCCCUCCAGCCAGGAAAGCAACUCGAGCGAGACCCUCACCUUCAGCAUCCAGACACAAAGGUCAGCCAGUGGCCCAGGAGCAGGGGGAAAAAAGGGGGUCCCCCGGCCACUUGGUCCCCGGGGGGCAAUAAUGACCUAUCACCUGGAACAAAAAAAGGGGGGUCCCACUGCAUUGCUUCCCACUCUCUUCUUUGGAACAGCAGCUCCCAGUUGGUCCCAGGCCUUGCUUACCUAAAAGGGGCAUUAGGCAGUCUGCAAUACAGGUAGUCCUCAAUGUACGACCGGUCGUUUUAACGCUCCCUGUUGUAAAAAUCAGAUGUGGCCGCCUGGUAUCCCACUCAGCCCAAGCAGCGUGACUCAGGACUGUAAUGCUGGGCUUACGGUAGCAAGUCAAGGACUGCUGGGUUAGUGUAGAGUCUGACCUUGGUUCUGGCACUGAUGAUGUUCCCUAGUUGGGUCAUGAAACGUCUGCAAGGAAACCAUCAAGCUCAAGAGAGCAAGCAAGGACCCCACAGUGGGUCUAUGGGGAGUGGGAGUGAUCCAAAACAUCCUGACGUAACUGCUUCAAAAGUUCCUGGGUGUGUCUAGCAGUGUGCGGGCAAGCAUUGUCGUGAACCGACACCACACCGGAAGUGGUGCCAUAGAAAAUCCCGCCAAAUGUGAAGAGGCCAAAGGAGUAACUGCUCGUGAAGUCCAUGGAGCCUGGUUCGACCCUCAAUUCAGACGUCUGCUGUGAAACGUUACGAAAACUCAGACGAACCAUCCAUAACAAGUGUCGG